AUGUUCGCAACGCUGCCCAAAGUCCGCGAGUUUCGCUCUAAAUUUGGAUACUCAAACUGGGGAUAUGGACUGGCGGCUUUGGUUCUAGAGAAGCUGACAGACAUGACCUGGGGCCAAUUUCUCCAUGAACGUCUAUUCCAACCCCUAGGGUUGACGCGCACCUUUACAGCGGAUCCAAAUACGGACAACGUAGCCAAGUCAUAUGUUCCAUUGACUGAUGGUACUAUCAUACCCCAGACUCCAUCAAUUGCGGAUGGGACUGUUAUGUCAGGGGGAUCUGGAAUUCGCUCAUGUGUCAGCGAUCUCUUGGUCCUGUAUAAGGCCCUUUUGAAUGCCAGCAAAGAUCAAUUCUUAAACAACACCACCUCAACAUCAGGUCUGCCGUUUUGCCAAACCACCACUAUCCUGAGCCCGCAGGUUCCUAUGCCUGGGCCGAAUAUUCUUGAGAAUACAUAUGCUAUGGGCUGGGUGCGGACGCAGAUACCCCAGCCAUUGGGUUCAACCGGUACCAAUGGUGCCGUUAUGAAAAGCAUGCCUUUUGUUGGCCGCGGCUCGCCGUCGCGACUGGUGAUAAAUCACAAUGGCAGUCUAUCCGGAUCCUUCUCUGCAGUCCUUCUCUUACCCGAAACCGACUCCGCUAUUGUCGUCUUAACAAACUCCAUUUCGAAGAAUGACUGUUCUGAUUGGAUUUCUCAGUUACUGCUUGAGGCAUUGAUUGAAAAUGACGAGAAGAAUGACUAUGCUCAUCUAGCCCAAAUCAGCUCGGAAGCCUCCGAUCAAAAGAUGGGCGAUAUACAGCGGCUAUUGUCUAGCAAACAAAUUUCGAAUACCUCUCACAGACCCUUAUGGGACUAUACAGGCAAGUACUACAAUAAAAAUGGGCUAUGGUUUCUAGACGUGUUCCUUACCGAAGACGGGCUCCAUUUUUGCAUGAAAGGAGACAGGCGAUACACGUAUAAGCUCUCUCACUUUCACUAUGAUACCUUCUCGUGGAUUAUGACCCGUGAUGAGCUUGUUCGACUUGGAAGAUUCCCCAACAACUUUCCUGACACGUAUCUCUUCAUUUUUACUGCUUGGAAUGAUGCCGUGGACGGCCUGUAUUGGCACCAUGAUCGAGGAAUCGCAGAAAGCGAAUUCUUCAAGAGAACCGGAGGCUCAGUAUCCGAGGUGGACACUAGGGCUCAGUAG